AUGAGCGCAGGAACGGUGUGGGACUGUCAACCAAAACGUGCUGCCUCACCUGCCGAUCUGGGAUUGGGCCCCAGCUGGCCUACUAAGGCGGAGGAGGCCUGGCGCCAGCUCGCUGCUUCGUGGCAGGAGCUCGCGAACCUGCGCGACGGUUCAUGGACAGGCGCUGAGGCUUUCGGUCAACGUUUGUCCGUGCAGGAGGAGUUUGCGAACGUCCGCGAGGAGCCUCAAAGAUGGGCAGGCGUUGAGCCGCUGGCUCCGCGUCCGGGUGCGCAGGAAUUUGGGAACGUCCGCGAGGAGCCCCAAAGAUGGACAGGCGUCGAGCCCUUGGCUCCGCGUCCGGGUGCGCAGGAAUUUGCGAACGUCCGCGAGGAGCCCCAAAGAUGGACAGGCGUCGAGCCGUUGGCUCCGCGUCCGGGUGCGCAGGUGCCGGACUUUGCGGAAGUUGGGUGGAAGGCGCCGCAGCCCCGCGACGGGGCCAUCUUCCGGGAUGGCUGGGAGCCAGGCGACGCGGUGUGGCGGGCAGAGGCUUCGCUUGCUCUUGGACGCGAAGCCGUGCCGAAGCCGCCGGGGCCGAAGUCGAGCGAGAGGCACCGCCCGGCGAAUGCCUUGCCUGCGUUGCCUAGAGGCGACGGCCAGCCGGUGCUCCGGCUCCAGGACGCGCACCCCUUGCGAAGGCUGGAGGAGGAGCAUCGGGAGAUGCCUCGUUCGCGGCUGCUGGUGGCCCCAAAAUCCGGGAGCGACGGCGAGGCCAUGUUCUUGGCAGAGCCCGAAUUCGACCCCGACGCGCUGUGGGCGAAGUAG